UGGUAGUACUGACAGCUGGGUAUAAGGUAAAACAAAACAACACUGGGCACACACUUGUUGCUGUUUUAGGACUAUUAACUCAGGCAAUAGAAGAAAAAAAGGGAGGUAGAAGUUUAUCCAACAGGAAUUUGAAUUAAAGCUGUCCUGAUAGACAGGAUGUGAAUACAAUGUUAUUGAUGCUUAAUGUGACUUUAUACUGAAGCCAAAUAAGGAAUAUAAAAAAAUGACAGAACCCACUCCUUCAAACGAAGAAGACAAGGACCCUGAAAUCGAGCUGUUUGUAAAGGCUGGCAGUGAUGGAGAAAGCAUUGGGAACUGUCCUUUCUCUCAACGUCUCUUCAUGAUCCUCUGGCUCAAAGGGGUUGUCUUCAAUGUCACCACUGUUGAUUUAAAAAGAAAACCCGCAGACCUGCAUAAUCUGGCCCCAGGCACUCAUCCACCUUUCCUGACCUUUAAUGGCGAGGUCAAGACUGACAUCAACAAAAUCGAGGAGUUUCUGGAGGAAGUCCUUGCACCGCCAAAGUACCCCAAGCUUGCUGCUAAACAGCGAGAGUCCAACACUGCAGGAAAUGACAUUUUUGCAAAGUUCUCAGCAUUUAUAAAGAACACAAAACCAGAGGCCAAUGAAGCUCUGGAGAAGGCCCUGUCCAAGGCACUGAGGAAGCUGGACAGUUACCUGAACACUGCGCUCCCUGAGGAGAUCGACACAGACAGUGCUGAAGAGGUGAACGUGUCAAAUCGCAAGUUCCUGGAUGGAGACGAGCUGACACUCGCGGACUGCAAUCUCCUGCCAAAGCUUCAUAUAGUGAAGAUUGUAGCGAAAACUUAUCGCAACUAUGAAAUCCCGCCGGACAUGACAGGAGUGUGGCGAUACCUACAGAAUGCCUACGCCAGGGAUGAGUUCACCAACACGUGUCCUGCAGACAAAGAGAUUGAGAUGGCAUACAUGGAUGUGGCGAAGAGGCUCUCUAAAUAGAAAACUAGCACUGAAAGAAACAGCUCAUAUGUUAUAUAUUGAAGCCUAACUUUUACAAACUGGUUGCUGUUGACUUUUGUUUCUGUUGGUAUCACCAUUUAUCAAUAUCAACAUUUGCUUGGCUGGGACAAACCCUGUUUUGCUAGCUGUGUGACCCAACAAACAACUAUGCCAGUGUUUUAUUUUUUUUAUUUCUUCUUGUUGAAAUGUGCACUAUCCUGGAUACAGCAGAGUUGCUGAAGUUUGAAGAUUUCGUGUGUCUUUAUAUAUACUUUGAUUGCUCUUACAUCUCAAUUAAAAAUGGGUGCCACAUUCAAUAAAUUAUUAUUAUUAU